AUGUCAAGCAGAAGAUCGGGUUCCAGGCAAUCAGCUGGUGCCUUGAGGAUCACUGAUGAUCAAAUUGCCCAUCUCGUAUCAAACUUGCAAUGGCUUAUCCCUGAGCUCCGUCAACAGCGCUCCGACAAGGUAAAUGCUUCUAAGAUGUUGCAAGAGACUUGCGAAUAUAUCAGAAACUUACACAGAGAGGUGGAGGGCUUAAGCGACCGGUUAUCCCAGCUGUUAGCUUCGACAGACACCGAUAAUGAGCAAGCAUCCAUUCUUAGGAGUUUACUUAUGUAAUAAAUCAUCGUUUUCCCACUU